ACCAAUUGGUUGUCUCUGUUGUCAUUUAAUAUUAUAAAUUAAGUAAAUCAGUGGUUAAAACCCUAGGAAGUUAUUUAAUAUUCAAUUAGGAUAGGUUAAACAGGAGACACGCCUCACCUAACCUCACUUUUUUAGUUUGUUUUUGAACUUAGGCAGUUGACCAAAAAAUCGAUUUUUGUUAAGAAUGUAAGCAAAUAAGGCCUGGAAGGUGUUUAAUUACCUCUACACAAUUAAAAGUCUAUCAAUUAAGGAGGAUUUCUUAGUAAAAUAAGUUUCAGGAGCUAUGGAUGACCCCCUAUCCACCCUAAAACACUCAUACCCAGGACGAGAAACCGAAAUCGAGCAACUUUGGCAACUAUUUGGUACCCCAGCAGAACCAUUUCCUCAUUCAGUUUACAUAUGCGGUGGUGCCAGCUCCGGAAAAUCCUCAAUAGUCAACUCCCUUUUAGAGACUUUAAAAGUUCGCCAUGCCACCAUAAACCUUAUAGAGUGCUACACGUCCAAGAUACUCUUUGAGAGCAUCUUAAAUAAACUGAUGGACCACAGGAUCGACCCGAAAUCCGGGGCACCGUACGCAAAAUGCGACAAUUUAAUGGAGUUUAUCUCGUGCCUAAAAAACGUCGAGAUAAACCUGAGCAAUUCGGUUAUAGUGGUCGAUAAGGCGGAGGAGUUGAGGGGCAUGGAGGCGAAUCUACUGCCGGCCUUCCUCACUUUACCAGAGUUAACGGAAAUACCGAUUUCCGUGAUUUUCUUAUCGGAAAUUGUGUUUGAAAAGUAUUACUAUCGGCUCAACGUAGUGGAGCCAAUUAAGAUCCACUUUCCCCAGUACACGAAGGACUCACUGCUGGAUAUUUUAGCGAGGGACUUCGAUCACGUGCGUCAGCUAAUGACUGAAAACUUCGGUGAUUCCCUGACGUUCGAUCGGGAGUUUUACCGGAAAUAUUUAAACGUUUUCUUAUCGGUUUUUUAUCGCGCCUGUCGUGAUUUACGCGAACUCCGCUACAUGAGCCGUAAAAACUUUCUGGUUUACUGCGAGCCGAUCGUCAAAGAGGAGUUGACCGUAAACGAUUAUAUGGCCCUAUGGAGGCGCAUCUCGCCAACUUUCACCGCUUCCGCGGAAGUUUUAUACUUACGACUCUGCGACGGUAAUUUGACGAAGAAAAACAAUCCGGCACAGGACUUGGAGUUGCCGUUUUACGGGAAAUAUUUACUGAUCUCGGCCUAUUUGGCCAGCUAUAACUCCCUGAAGGACGACAAGAGGCUAUUUAUGAAGUUCCACGGUAAAAAGAGGAAAACUCAGCAAGAUGUUAAGAAGAAAAGCAAAGUUUCUGAGCAGCUGAAUACUCAGAUGGGCCCGAACGCUUUUACUCUAGAUCGACUUUUGGCUAUUUUCUAUUCCAUUUUGGAGGAUAAAGUGGGGUUCAACAACCAUCUGUUGGUCCAGGUUUCCAGUUUGGUCGAGUUGCAACUGUUAACCCUUGUAUCCGAUCCGAGUACCUUGGAUGGCCGCAAGUAUAAGUGCAACGUGAACUUUGAAACUAUCCAAAGCAUUUCCAGAAUGGUCGGGUUUAAUAUUAGGAAGUAUUUAAGUGAUUUUAGUCAUAUUUAGGUCAUAAAUAAAACAUUUUUUAAAAUUAAAA